UCAUCCCCAUCCUAUUCGACCAAUUCCCUCUCUCACUUGUAACUCUCACCUAUACGCACAGACAGAGACUCUACAAAUAUCACAUAAAUAAAUACUAUUCCACUUCAAAAAAAAAUACUAUUCUUCAUAUCAAGUAGUGUAAAUAUAACAAUUAUUAUUAUUAUUAUUAUUAUUAUUAUAUGCUAAGUGCUAACUAUAUAUUAUCAUAUCAGCCGGCAAAACAUAUAUGCUUUCUCUCCUUACAUUAUACAUUAAGCUUAGCUUUCUUUCGACGCCUCCAAUAAACCCUCUCUAACUGUCAUCCGACUCUAAAUUCACCGAUAAUGGCUACUCCUCCAGAACCGGAUCAUUUCCACCGCGACACCGACGCCGGCGCCGCCUUCGUCCUCGAAUCCAAAGGGGAGUGGUGGCACGCGGGGUUUCACUUGACGACGGCGAUAGUAGGGCCCACAAUUCUGACGUUACCGUACGCUUUCAGAGGGUUAGGGUGGGGCCUAGGUUUUCUGUGCUUGACGGUUAUGGGAGUCGUUACUUUCUACUCUUACUUCCUCAUGUCGAAGGUGCUGGAUCACUGUGAAAAAGCCGGUCGCCGUCACAUUCGCUUCCGCGAGUUAGCUGCCGACGUUUUUGGGUCUGGAUGGAUGUUUUACAUUGUCGUUUUUAUUCAAACGACUAUAAACACGGGGAUAAGUAUAGGAGCAAUUUUGCUUGCAGGGGAAUGCCUUCAGAUCAUGUACUCGAGCGUAUCUCCCAAUGGACCCCUGAAACUGUUUGAGUUCAUAGCAAUGGUGACUGCAGUAAUGAUAGUACUCUCUCAGCUUCCAACUUUCCAUUCUCUGAGACACCUCAACAUGGCUUCACUAUUUCUCAGUUUGGGUUACACUUUCCUUGUAGUUGGUGCUUGUAUCAAUGCAGGUCUCUUAAAACAUGCCCCACCGAGAGAUUAUUCGUUAGAGUCUUCUGAAUCUGCAAGGGUGUUCAGUGCCUUCACUUCCAUUUCCAUAAUAGCUGCUAUUUUUGGGAAUGGUAUACUGCCUGAAAUACAAGCAACUUUGGCUCCCCCUGCUACUGGAAAGAUGUUUAAAGGACUUCUGAUGUGUUAUAGCGUUAUUCUGGUUACGUUCUACUCAGCUGCAGUUGCAGGAUACUGGGUGUUUGGAAACAAAUCUAAUUCUAACAUUCUCAAAAGCUUAUUACCAGAUGAGGGCCCUGCUCUGGCUCCGACAUGGGUUCUUGGCCUCGGUGUCAUCUUUGUCCUAUUUCAGCUCUUUGCUAUUGGACUGGUAUAUUCUCAAGUAGCGUACGAGAUCAUGGAAAAAAACUCAGCGGAUGUGAAUCAAGGAGUGUUCUCAAAAAGGAACCUAAUUCCUCGGAUAAUUCUGCGUACUAUUUAUGUGAUAUUCUGUGGAUUUAUGGCAGCCAUGCUUCCAUUCUUUGGAGACAUAAAUGGUGUUGUAGGAGCUGUAGGCUUUAUUCCUCUAGAUUUUGUGCUACCAAUGCUUCUCUACAAUAUGACCUACAAACCUCGAAAAUCGUCGAUCACGUAUUUGAUCAACAUCUCCAUUAUAAUUGUGUUUACUGGUGCAGGAAUUAUGGGAGCUUUCUCUUCUGUAAGAAAAUUGGUUCUUGAUGCCAAGAAAUUCAAGCUCUUCAGCGAUGAUGUGGUUGAUUAAUUAAAUCUUCACAUAAAAUACAUUGUGAUCUUGUUCUGCAUUUGUUGAUGAUCCAGGAAAUUUACCUUACAAGAAUUAUAAACGGCGAGCAAUUUCUUGAUCAACAGCAACAGAAAAUUGUUUUUGCCAAAGGGGACAUUUUGUUGGUGAUAAAUCAAAAGGCAUACUGAUGGUAAACAGGGCAAAUCAUAUUGAAAUGUGAAUAAGCUUCUCAUGUUGGUGAACAGAAUCAAAUUUUUGUAUGAUAUUUUUCUUUUGAAUCGCUUGAUUGUAAAUUAAUGCUUUAUUUUACUUAAAAUUAAAUCGCAUUCUGAGUUUGUA